UUCAACAGUGUCUGCCAGCUUCACGCAGUUGUGGUGCGGUCUGGGUUGAGCUGGUCUGUGCUGCACUGCUGAAUGAUUGUCUUUUUCUAAAAAGAGACACAAAGUGGUCGGAUUUCACGAUAGCAUUUCACUUGAACGUGUCUAAUCAGUCGGUGGAUCUGAUCUCGGUGAAGAUGAGUGGAGCAGCGUUCCCCUCUCCCACGGCCGAGAUGGCGGAGAUGAACCGGAUCCACUACGAGCUGGAGUACACAGAGGGCAUCAGUCAGAGAAUGCGCAUUCCUGAGCAGCUCAAAGUGGCUCCCUAUGAGCUUGAAGAGCAGGAACUUCCAGAGCAUGAGACACUCCGCACAGCAAUGAUGCACGUUCCUGAGAGAAUCGUAGUGGCAGGAAACAGUGAUGACAUGCAGUUUCCCAGAGAUCUGGACCUCAUCCAGUCCACCCCAAUGGAGUCAACACUGUCCCUCAAGACACCACCUCGGGUCCUGACACUCAACGAAAGGCCCCUUGACUUCCUUGAAAUGGAGCAGCCAAGCUCCGCCAGUCAUCACAGUGAAGUGCGUGCGCAAACCAGGACACGUAGAGAGCGCUCGGUCAGCGAGAACACAGGUGUGCAUCACAACGGCCAGCUCGCCAGAAAUGACUCCAUUAUGAGUCCCUCCCCCUCUGCUGCAUUGCGCACUUUGGCUCCUCUCGGUGGUGCCGAGGAUGGGUUUAACCUCUUCAGCGCCCGCGGUGUCCUUUCCUUCAUCCAGUCAACCACACGCCGGGCCUACCAGCAGGUCCUGGAGGUCCUGGACGAAAACCAGCGCAGCAAGCCAUCUCUUAGAGGGGGUUCAACCCUCUCUAACCCCCAGCAUGACAACAGGCAUGCCCUGGCCACACUGGACACGACUUUAGAGGGAGCAGCAGACGACAUGGCUCUUGUGGACGCCACCUCUCUACGCAGACAGAUCGUCAAGCUGAACCGGCGUUUGCAGCUCUUGGAGGAGGAGAACAAAGAGCGAGUCAAGCGAGAAAUGAUCAUGUAUUCCAUCACUGUAGCUUUCUGGCUUGUCAACAGCUGGGUUUGGUUCCGUCGUUAAAUCUAGAUGGACUCUGCAAUGUGGGAGGGGCUAAAUCAAAACCCCGCCCCUCUGUUCUAUGUGUCAAACUUUAGCCGUGUUUUUUUUAAUGGCUAAAAUGUUUUAUUUUCUUCACAGCAAGAGUGGUAAAGUCAGGGAUAGCUUUUUUGUUUGAGCUUGUCUGUAUUACUUUAUUGUUAUAAAUAAGUAUUUAUACUUUUUUUUUUUUUUUUUUUAUUUGUGCAACCGUACAGUUCAUUUUGUACAUUUUUUUUAAAAUUACUUUUUGGGUUUUUUUGCGUAAGCCAAGCAUGAACCAGAUGUAUAUAUUACUUACUUCACCUGUCUUUGAGCUUUGGCUGUAAGCAUUUAUUUUUCCAUAGGUUUACUAUACAAGUUAGUACAAUAUUAUGUCAACUUUUUCAAAGACCAAUGGAAUGGAACGCACUGAUAUAUCAUAGACAAAAAACUGCAUAUAAUAUUAAAUAAUGAUAAUAAUAAUAAUAUUUACAGACUGUUGUGAUUUUAGGUACGUUACGUACGCCUGUAUGUUACUUGCAUCAACAUUGAAACCAUACUUGUUAGUGUGAGUUUAGUCCUGGUCAUUAUUUAUGUACAAAAGGCCAUUAUUGUAAUAUGCCGAUGUUGUUAUUUGUGCUACAACAUUUUCUGUAGGAUAUUCCUGAAAUGAUGCACAUUCAACAUUGUAAACAUUGUAUUACAAAGCUUUUAUUUGAAUAAAUGACAACUGUAGUGAACUGCA